AUGUCGUUCGACAGACUAUCGUCACUCGAAUCGCAACCUACCACCACCCGGCGGCAGGAUGAUCCUCAAUACAGAGAUGACCCCGAGUUUCAGAAGUUCACCGAGUCGCUGUCUACUCGGCUCUUCGAGCUGACCUCAAACAUCUCGCGGCUUUCCAAUCAGCUCUCCAAAAAAGAUACCGAGAGAGGCCGAGAAAGGAUACAUGAUUUGCUGGAGGAGACUAGAGAGGGCUUCAAAGAGGUUGGAGAUGGUGUCAAGAGGGCGCAAACUUGGCCAGAUCUUAAUCCUGCGCAACGAUACACAAACCAGAAACUCUCACGAGAGUUUGCCUCCGCCCUGUCCGAAUUCCAGGUGGUUCAGAGAAGGGCCAUAGAAAGAGAACGGGCAUCGAAAGCUGCUCUUGAGGAGGCUCAAUCAGCCCAAUCGCCAUCAGGCGAAGGUGGUCAACAACGACAGCUGCUUGAAGAGCCUCGGCUCGCAGAACAAAGUGAGGUCGACUUUCAAGAGAAUUUAAUUAUCGAACGAGAAGGAGAGAUCCGGCAAAUCGAGCAAUCCGUCGGCGAAUUGAACGAGCUAUUCCGAGACGUCGCCCAUUUAGUCCGAGACCAAGGCGACAUGAUCGAUGCUAUUGAUAUCAAUGUCGAGAAUACAUUAACCGACACUCGGGGAGCUGAUACAGAACUACGAAGCGCAAGCCGGUACCAGAAAUCGGCCAGAAACAAGGCUUGUUGUUUGUUGGUCAUCUUAGCGGUGGUCCUGUUGAUUGUGGUUCUAGCUGUCGUUCUCGGAUGA